AUGAAACUGAUCAACUGUGUUUUCGUUGCCACAGCCGCAAUGGGGGCUCUGCAUGUUGCGGAUGCUUUUGCGAGUAGCCCACUACUCAAGACAAUCAAGAAGAAUGCCAGAAGCUCCACACCUCUAUUCGUCUCGACAUUGACCCAAGAUGUGUUUGAACAACCAUCCCAGUUUUCACCCGACAUGUACCUACAAGAACAACGAGUCCAUGAAGAAGAAGAAGAUGCCACAAAGCCGGGCUUUGACUAUGUGUCAUUUGCCCACGAGCACCCAUUGUACAACAACAUGAUGAUUGCCUCUGGCAAAGCCGCCAUUGCAGAUAUGUUUGCACAGGUUGUCAUUGGACAGACGGGGUUAGAUGCGUUGGAUUGGCAACGCACUCUUCUGUUUUGUCUCUUUGGUGCAUUGUACCAAGGAGGUUUCCAGUAUCUCUACCAAGUCAACAUCUUCAAGAAGCUAUUUGAUGUGGAAAAGUUCACCUCACAGACUUGGGAAGAAAAGCUACAAGACAAGGAGGGGCUGAUCAGCUUGGCUGCCCAAGUGGCACUGGACUUGACCAUUAUGUCAUCCAUUUACUUGCCGACAUACUACACCUUCAAAGCCAGUAUUUUCAGCGGGACACUUGACCCCAGUGCUUGGUUUCAGGAUGGCAUGAUCACAUAUGGAUCCCACUUUUGUAGGGACGAGGCAGACUUACUUCGAAUUUGGCUUCCAGCCGAUCUCCUGUGCUUCUCAGUACCCCUGAUUCUGAGGCUUCCUCUGCGUCAAGUGGUUAGCCUUUUCUACACUGCAUAUCUGUCAUCCGCCAGUUUUGGAGUUGGAAACUGA